GCGGAAAUCCAGUUAAGACCGUGCGGUUAAAAGCCUGAAAAUUAAAAUCAAGGCAAACUUGCACGUUCAACUCAGAGCCCAAGAAAAGAGACAUCUUCACUGACCAACUAGGCGGCUGCGGACAGAGAGUGAACCGCUGGGCCGGCACCGCCGCCCAUACUCAAGAUGGCACCGGCCUGAGAAUCACCGGCGCGGCCGCCCCAUCUCGGUUCCGGGUUCUUUCGCCCCAGUGGUGGCGUUGUAGGGCUGAAGGCUGGCAUCCUGUCCGGCUUCCGGACCCGUCUCUAUGGUGCCGGAGAGACCGAACCUCAGAAGAUUGUGGGUGUAGUGGCCAGAGUAUCACGGGGGAGGCGAGGGUGGUUGGUGUCAACAGGGGGCGAAGAGGGGACCGAAGCUAAGAUCCUCGGCCGCCUCCCCCGCCGCCCUCCCGCAGGUCUGCUUGGCUUUGAGGAGGAGCUGCAGCACCCCUGCCUCACGGCCUAAGGGAUGGGCUCAGAGAACAGCGCUUUGAAGAGCUAUGCCCUGAAGGAACCACCGUUCACCUUACCCUCUGGACUUGCUGUUUACCCCGCUGUAUUGCAGGAUGGCAAAUUCGCUUCUGUUUUUGUGUAUAAGAGAGAAAACGAAGACAAGGUUAAUAAAGCUGCCAAGCACUUGAAGACACUUCGUCACCCGUGCUUGCUAAGAUUUUUAUCUUGCACUGUGGAAGCAGAUGGUAUUCAUCUUGUCACUGAGCGAGUGCAGCCUCUGGAAGUGGCUUUGGAAACACUGUCUUCUGCAGAGGUCUGUGCUGGGAUCUAUGAUAUAUUGCUGGCUCUUAUCUUCCUUCAUGACAGAGGACACCUCACACACAACAAUGUCUGUUUAUCGUCUGUGUUUGUGAGUGAAGACGGGCACUGGAAGCUGGGAGGAAUGGAAACAGUCUGUAAAGUUCCUCAGGCCACACCAGAGUUUCUGAGGAGUAUUCGGUCAGUAAGAGACCCAGCAUCUAUCCCUCCUGAAGAGAUGUUUCCAGAAUUCACAACUCUGCCAGAGUCACACGGACAUGCUCGGGAUGCCUAUUCUUUUGGGACAUUGGUGGAAAGUUUGCUCACAAUCUUAAGUGAACAGGUUUCAGCGGAUGUUCUCUCCAGCUUUCAACAGACCUUGCACUCAACUUUGCUGAAUCCCAUUCCAAACUGUCGGCCAGCGCUCUGCACCCUCCUGUCCCAUGACUUCUUCAGGAAUGAUUUUCUAGAAGUUGUGAAUUUCUUGAAAAGUUUAACAUUGAAGAGUGAAGAGGAAAAAGCUGAAUUUUUCAAGUUCCUCCUGGACAGAGUCAGCUGCCUGUCAGAGGAAUUAAUAGCUUCACGGCUGGUGCCUCUUCUGCUUAAUCAGUUGGUGUUUGCAGAGCCAGUAGCUGUUAAGAGUUUUCUUCCCUACCUCCUUGGCCCCAAAAAAGAAGACGGUGCGAGGGGAGGAGCCCCCUGCCUGCUCUCGCCAGCCCUGUUCCAGGCGCGGGUGAUCCCCGUGCUGCUGCGGCUGUUUGAGGUGCAUGAGGAGCAUGUGCGGACGGUGCUGCUGUCUCACCUGGAGGCCUACGUGGGGCACUUCACCCAGGAGCAGCUGAAGAAAGUCAUCCUGCCCCAGGUAUUACUGGGCCUGCGUGAUACCAGCGAUUCCAUUGUGGCAAUUACUCUUCACAGCCUGGCAGUGUUGGUCUCUCUACUUGGACCAGAGGUGGUUGUGGGAGGAGAAAGAACCAAGGUCUUCAAAUGCACUGCCCCAAGUUUUACUAAAACUAUGGACCUUUCCCCAGAAGGUACUUCAAGAAAUCAAGAGAAAAAAAAUCCUUAUUUCUGUUUUUAUUUAUCUUCAGAUUCUCCCACGCACGUCGUCUGCAGCCAGCGCAGUCAGAUCUCGCCCGUCUUGAAGAACCCCUCCUCUAGCAUAUUCCCUAAAUGUUUUUCUGGCAACAUGCCCAUCACCAGCAAGAAGCACAUACAGCGAGAUUACUACAGUACUCUUUUACAGACAGGCGAUCAGUUUUCUCAGCCUAUUAAAUUUCCCAUCAACGGAAUCUCAGAUGUGAAAAUUACCUCAGGAGACGGUGAAAAGUUCCCAUGGAGUUCUAAAAAGUCUGAGGAGUGGCCUGACUGGAGCGAGCCUGAGGAGCCUGAGAACAAACCUGUCGGCAUCGAGGUUUGUCCUGCAGAUCCCCAUGCUGCUGCCAGGUCCCCACUCACGAACUUGAAUGCAGACGAGGCGGCUUGGGAUGACUUUGAGCCCAGCAGCUUAGAUACUGAAAUAAACCCAGGAGGUGGAAUCACGGCUGCAAGACCUGUUACCUCAGGGGAGCAAAAGGCCACUCCUACUUUGCGUCCACUCACUGAAGAGGCCAAGCCUUUGAAAUCAAGCCUACCACAAAAGACCAGUCUUACACGAAGCAGGGAUGACCCAGACCAAACCAAGCCACCAAAAGUGUUGUCACAAGAAAGGCGCCUUAAAGUUCCAUCAGAACUUGGUUUAGGAGAGGAGUUUACCAUUCAGGUGAAAAAGAAGCCAGUAAAAGACCCAGAGUUGGAUUGGUUUGCUGAUAUGAUCCCAGAAAUUAAGCCUUCAGCUGCUAUUCUUAUUUUACCUGAACUGAGGACAGAAACAGUAGCUCCCAACAAGGAUAAUGUCUCAUCAGUGAUGCACUUUUCCUCAAAAUUUGCUGCAGCAGAAAUUACUGAGGGAGAGUCUGCAGGCUGGGGAGAAGACGGCGAUCUGAACUGGGAAGACAAUAACUGGUGACAAUGGGUGUGAGUUAAUCUUUAGGAAAAUGGAUUCCUUUUUAAAAAAACCAAACUAAUAAUACCUCAAAAGCAGGCUCUGCAGACAAGAAAACCCAAAAGCAUCCUGUUUUUCUCAUACCAGGAGCUCUUUUUCCAGUCGUGCCAACAGAAGUGUGAGACCUGGCGUGCUGGCGGGGGGCCCUGGGCGGUGUAGAGGUUCACAGCCCUUCUCAGAGGAAGAGGCUGUGUGUCUGACUGAGGCCAGUUUCUGUGAAAAGCAAGUGGCUUGUGGAAAGGGUGACCUUACUGCUUUUUUCCAGAACAAUUCUGGAAGUAAAGAAAAUAAAUACAAAAACUCAACCUGAUUAGCUUAAUUUUGUGCUAUUUCUUUGUCUGAAGAGUAAGCUCUAUUAUGAAAUCAACUUGCUGAAAAAAAUUUUUAGCUAUAAAAAGUAUAUAAAUGAUUUUAAAUUGCUAAGGUUUCCUUAGGCAGCUUAUUUGUUUACAGAUGUACUAUCUGAGUGAGUUACCGACUGUUCCUAUAUUAUUACCUUGUACCAAAGCUCUUCAUGAGACAUAUCCCCACCAUCCUGUUCUCUAAAUGUCCAAUAAAGACUAUUUUAACUAGA